GCCAAGAACAACAACAACAACAGCAAGUGGCAUCCAACAACAACAACAAGUAAUCUAACCAGGAAUCGACGCUACAACGACAUUCGCGGAAAGUUGUCCCAUUUCUAACAAUUUUCUCCUCCAGGAAACAACAAUAACAAAAACCCAGAAAAUACACAGAAAAAGAAACAAACAAAACAAAUAACAAGGAACAAGAACUGUUGGCCAGAAAAUCAACAUCGAAAUGGAAUUGGGCAUCAGAAUUGUCAAUCAGCAUUUAGCCAGAAUCAACAACAAUAACAACAGGAACUACUACAACAACAGAAACCAGCACUUCAAAACCAACAAGAAUAACUACAACUCCAAGAGCAACAGCAUUCAAACCAACAACAAUACUAAUCGAAUCUACAACGACGAAGACAACAACAACAAUCCCAACAACAACAAUCGCACAAUAACAACGAUAUCAACAAUACUACCGGCCAUAACAACACCAACUACAACAUCAACAAGCAGCAACAGCGAAAGUCAACCAGCAUUCUACAACAUUGCAGCCAUAUUGGUAUUAGCAACUGAAAAUGGAACAGCAAAGACUGUCCAGCGAUCAGCUGUCGGUGGCCUCAGGUUCAACAACGGUCGCAACAACAACAGCAGCAGCUGCAACAACUACCCGCUCAAACUCAACAACAACAAGUUCUAAGUCGAACAACACCAGCCCGGCUAGAACAACAUUUACCAAUAAUUUCAACCAACAACUGCAGGCAACAACAGCAGCCACCAUGCAACGUCUACGUACAACAUUUACGCGUUCGCGAACACCAACAGGUGCCGAGAUGAAAAUGCAGAACAGCCUGGAGGUACCCAAACAGGUAAAAAAGGUUCGAUCAGCCUCGUUCGAUGAGAUGCAACUAGAGGCACAGCGUGCCUCCUCGAGCCUGCUCAAGCAACAAUCCUCAUCCUCGGCUUCGGCGGAUGAGCGAUCCUCGGAGGCUGGACUGCUCCAGGUGCCGUUGGCCGCACACCAGCAACGAUCUCACAGCUUCGACUCGGCGGCUGUGUCCGCAGGCAGUGAUGAUUCCGGCACCUUUCUGGAGGUGCCGCGUCGCCUCAAGACUCGUCGCAGUUCGUCCACCAAGACGCCACCGCCCUGCAUCCACUGUCACUACCUGGAGGAGUACGAGCGCCGGAUGACGGCCGAGCAGCGCUACUUUAUCGAUCAUCGUGAGCUGAGUGCCCUGAGCAACACCAGCUCGGAGGCAAGUGAGGAUGAGGACAACGAUGAUGAUGACGACGAUGGUGGUGGUGAUGAUGAUGACGAGGAGGGCAGUGCGACCACAGAGGCCACCGAGGGUGAGACCACGGAGACGGCACCCGAGGAGGUGGAGGAGGAGCCGCGCACCGAAGUGGAGUCUGAGCAUGAUCACGAUCCGGACGAUGAUGCUGCCAUGGAAAUGGACAUUCGAAUUGGCAAUAUGAGCCUGGGCAGCAGCAUCGAAGAUUCACGCACCCACAUUCCACGCCAGAUGCGUCGCCACACCAUCGGCAGCAGCGGGCACACCACCAUGACCUCCGAGGAUGAAGGCCUGGAAGGAUCAGACAAUGGAUCACCGCACUUUGGCAAUACCCUGCUGCCACCUCAGCCGACCACGCCUUGUGGCAUCACCUUCACGCUCAGUCCAACCAAUGGGGAUUAUCCAUCGGCGCCGCCAAUUCUACCCAUUGAGCCACCAUCACCACCAAUGUCACCGUGCUCGGGGGCCAGGCUGCCGCCCACCAUGAUAACACCACCAACGAUCUCCUCGCCCUGUGCAUCGGCGGAUGCGGAUGAUGCUGGCGCUGCCAUGGGUCUGCCGGUGCGAGCCAGACGUCGAUCGAUCUCGCGACAAGAGGCCAUAUUUGUGGAGCCCACGGGCAACUCCUUGGAGAAUGUAUCCCACGAGGAGGUGGACAACAAUAACAAGUCAUCGGUGGACACUGCCGACUCCCUGGAUGAGGCCUCAACCAUGGCCACUUGUGGCUCACCGACGGCAGCUGGUGCCGGAGCAGCAUCAUCGAGCAGUCAUCACAAUGCUUUUGUGGUGAGAGACAUCUACCUGAUGGUGCCGGAUUUGAAGCGAGAUCGCGCUGCCUCCGUGGAUUCAUGCUUCUCGAAGCUCUCCUCUGGUCCCAAGGCCGAGGAGUUGCAACCAAGUGCCGAUGGGUGCUUCCUAACCGUUCCAAACAUCAAUGCCACCCGAUCCCGAUCGGUGGAUAUAGUGCUACCAACCGAUGAGCAGGCGAGAUACAAGGCUUUGUCCAUGACCGGAUCCACAGCAACCUAUGCCGAUGGCAGGCGUACCGCUUCGGCUAGCAAUUCCCGGAGACCGAUACGGAUCGUGCCCGAUUGGACGGAGAACGCAGUGCAGGGCGAGCACUACUGGAAGCCCACUUCCGCAUCCGGAGAUCUUUGCUGUUUGAACGAGGAGUGCAUUAAGAGCGGCCAGCGGAUGAAGUGCUCCGCCUGCCAGUUGAUUGCGCACCAGAACUGCAUUCCGUUCGUGAACGAGAAGAGUCAGCUCGCCUGUAAGCCCACCUACCGGGAUGUGGGUAUCCGUCAGUACCGGGAGCAGACCACCACCCACCAUCAUUGGGUCCACCGCAAGCUGGAGAAGGGCAAGUGCAAGCAAUGCGGAAAGCAGGCGGUGCAGAGUAAGCUCUUCGGGUCGAAGGAGAUUGUGGCAUUGUCCUGUGCCUGGUGCCACGAGAUCUACCACAACAAGGAGUCCUGCUUCAACCAGGCCAAAAUCGGCGAGGAGUGUCGUCUGGGCAACUAUGCGCCCAUCAUUGUUCCGCCAUCGUGGAUUGUAAAGCUGCCGAACAAGGGCAACUUCAAGUCCUCGAUUCGUGUGAGCAACAAGAACAAUGUCGCCUCGGGUUCAGCUGGUGGUGGCGGUGGGUCAGGUGGAUCCAGUGCUGGCAGCGGCGGCGGACAGGGUGGUGGGCACAAGAGCAAGAAGCAUACACAGCGCCGCCACAAGGCCAAAGACGAGAAGAAGGAGCCGCGGGCAUUCAUUGUGAAGCCAAUACCAUCGCCGGAGGUAAUUCCGGUCAUUGUGUUUAUUAAUCCCAAAUCCGGUGGCAAUCAGGGUGUCAAGCUCCUGGGAAAGUUCCAGCAUCUGCUCAAUCCGCGCCAGGUGUUCGACCUCACUCAGGGUGGGCCUAAAAUGGGCCUGGACAUGUUCCGUAAGGCGCCCAACCUGCGUGUCUUAGCCUGCGGCGGCGACGGUACCGUCGGCUGGGUUCUGUCCGUCCUGGAUCAGAUCCAGCCGCCCUUGCAACCGGUCCCAGCUGUUGGUGUUCUGCCCCUGGGCACUGGAAAUGAUCUCGCUCGCGCUCUUGGAUGGGGCGGGUGCUUCCAACUCCAACUUCAGGGCUAUACGGAUGAACCGAUUGGUAAGAUACUGCGCGAGAUUGGCAUGUCGCAGUGCGUCCUAAUGGAUCGCUGGCGCGUCAAGGUGACGCCCAACGAUGACGUCACCGAUGAUCAUGUCGACAGGAGCAAAGCGAAUGUGCCCCUGAAUGUGAUCAACAAUUAUUUCUCCUUUGGUGUGGAUGCCCACAUCGCCCUCGAAUUUCACGAGGCACGCGAAGCGCAUCCGGAGCGUUUCAAUUCGCGGCUAAGGAACAAGAUGUACUACGGCCAGAUGGGCGGCAAGGAUCUAAUCCUGCGCCAGUAUCGCAAUCUAUCCCAGUGGGUAACGCUGGAGUGCGAUGGCCAGGAUUUCACCGGCAAGCUGCGGGAUGCUGGCUGCCAUGCGGUGCUCUUCCUGAACAUUCCCAGCUAUGGCGGCGGCACUCAUCCUUGGAACGACUCCUUUGGCUCCGCUAAGCCCUCGAUCGACGACGGUCUAAUGGAGGUGGUGGGUCUGACCACCUACCAGCUGCCCAUGCUGCAGGCGGGCAUGCAUGGUACCUGCAUCUGCCAGUGCCGAAAGGCGAGGAUCAUUACCAGGCGCACCAUACCCAUGCAGGUGGAUGGCGAGGCCUGCCGGGUGAAGCCCUCAAUUAUUGAGAUUGAGCUGCUAAACAAGGCCCUGAUGCUGUCCAAGCGGAAGCAUGGACGCGGCGAUGUUCAGGUGAAUCCCUUGGAAAAGAUGCAGCUGCACAUCCUGCGUGUGACCAUGCAGCAAUAUGAGCAAUAUCACUACGACAAGGAGAUGCUACGCAAGUUGGCCAACAAGCUGGGCCAGAUCGAGAUCGAAUCGCAGUGCGAUCUGGAGCAUGUGCGCAACAUGCUCAACUCCAAGUUUGAGGAGUCCAUCUCAUAUCCCAAGGUCUCGCAGGACUGGUGCUUCAUCGACUCCUGCACUGCGGAGCAUUAUUUCCGCAUCGAUCGCGCCCAAGAACACUUGCACUACAUCUGUGACAUUGCCAUCGAUGAGCUGUAUAUUCUGGAUCACGAGGCGGCCACCAUGCCACAGACACCGGACCAGGAGCGUUCCUUUGCGGCCUUCUCGCAGCGGCAGGCGCAGAACGAGCGACGCCAGCUGGAUCAGGCCCAGGGCCGCGGCCCCGGCAGCACCGAUGAGGAUUUGCAAAUUGGCUCCAAGCCCAUUAAAGUGAUGAAGUGGAAGAGCAACAAAGAUCGUUUGUUCAGUUUCAACGAAGAUGUUUUUGGUUAUGGAUUCAGCCCUAUACUGGAGCAAACUUCCGAUGCCGUACUACUAGCAGCCCAGAGCGGCGACCUCAAUAUGUUACGUGCACUACAUGAACAAGGAUACUCACUGCAGUCAGUGAACAAGAACGGACAGACCGCCUUGCACUUUGCCUGCAAAUACAACCAUAAGGACAUUGUCAAAUACAUCAUCUCGUGCGCCACGCGACGUGUCAUCAACAUGGCCGACAAGGAGCUUGGACAGACCGCACUUCACAUUGCCGCCGAGCAGAAUCGCCGUGAUAUCUGCGUAAUGCUGGUGGCCGCCGGUGCCAACCUGCAGGCCCGUGACUCCGGUGGCAACACGGCCAUGAUGGUGGCCUUCAAUAAGAAUGCUAACGAGAUAGCGACGUAUUUGGAAAGUAAGCAGGGAACGCAACCCGUGGACGGUUGCUGGGCCCUAAACGACUCGAAUACAUCGCCGCCGGCCCCCUCCAUGUAGAGUGAUUGCUAGAAACAACCAUCCCCAACCAGCAUCCAUGGACAGACAUAAUGAUUAUAUAUCAGUUAGAUCAGUUAAUCGGCCAAGAGAGCGUAAUUUUAAUAUUUGCAAAUUUCUCCUUUCUAUGCCAACGAAAAACACCUGGACUUCUCUUGUAAAUAAUGCAACUAAAACUGAAACAAAAACUAAACCUUAAAAACACAAAUCAAAACUAAACUGAACGAUCGAAAUGAAAUCAAAUCAACAUUCCAUUAAACGUCCUGCGAUUCCCGCUUAGGUCAAGAGCGUUUUAUGCAUCUGGAGGUGCAGACCAGGAUCUAAGAGGAUCUAGGAGCAGGCGAAGCAUUCACCCUACGACAUAAUUAAUAAUUAAUUAAUAAUAAUGAUAAUCUUUUUUUUUUUGCAACUCUGUUUUUUUUUUUUUUAGUUAAUAUAUAAUUAAGCAAAGAAAAUACACAACACUCGGACAACACACAUUUUAGCCAGUAAGCGCGUAAGAGAGAAGGUAAUUUAUUGUAAAGCAAAGCUAGCAAGACGAAAGGCAAUUGUUUUAAUUUCUAAUUAAAAUUGAGUGUAAAUUCGAAAUUCGAAAUUGAUUUGUUUCACUUAACGAUUGAUUAACGAUUAAUGAUUAUAUUGUGAUAUCUAAAUUAAUUAAUUAAUAUGUAUUAAAAAGCGAAAGAGAGAGGGAGCGAAAAAGCGAAGCGAUAUUACUGAAUAAUCGAAAUAAAAUACAGAGACACACACUUCACAUA